AUGCGCGUAAGAGACAAGAGAGCCUAUGGGUGGUUUGAAGCCAUUCAACAAGACGUACGUCUGGAAACGUAUCAAACCGAAUACUUUGUCCAACUUCCCAAUCAGUUGGCAAUCAACUUGGACGAGGAAUCGUCAGAAAAACAUGACCGUAUGGUAGAACGCGUUGGCCAGCAGGUGAUGUCCCUCUGCCUCCUCAAUCACAACCCAGACCUUCAGACCCAAUGGACUGCUCGUUACGACGAUUUAGAUGAGCACCGUGAGGCUUUGUAUCUCAUCAUAAUCCGCUACGCUACCGCUGAUCCUGGCAUCUCACUCAGCUUCGCAGACGAGCUCAUGACAGACAUACUAACCAUGCUCGCACCGGGUCUUAACGAGACGGACUCUAGUGUCCAGCACUUCUUCUGCAAUAUUGCCGCCUACAAAGACUUCACUGGAAUGACCGCCAUAUGUGGCCAAAUGACAACUGGAGACAUUAUUAGAAGGGGCAAGUGGAACUACAGGUAG